UUACUCCCCAAGAGAAUGCAAAAAUUGCAAAACUUCCCCAGAUCUUUCCAAAAUUAAAAACUGGCCCCCACUUUUCUUCGGAGUUUUUCUCGAGCUUCCUGUGCAGAGGCUUGCUUUCAAUUCCGCUGGUGGGGGUUCCAUGACAUCGACGAUGGGAAGGCGAUCCAUAUGGGUUGCUCUUCUCGUCAUCUCUCUUCUUUUUUCGUUGCGACCUCAGAGAGUUUCUUCCACUCUUCCUCUUCAAUCAUUGAAUCAGGGUUCUAAAGAUUCUGCCACUGAGAGUGCUCCAAAGCAGGAUUGGAACGAUGCUCGUGAGGUACACUGCUCGAGAGAAAGGAGUAGGGCGGCGUGGAAAAUAAUUGAGGAGUAUCUAAUGCCCUUUGUGGAUAAAAAGAAACACAAGAUUUCAACGGAGUGUAGGCUUCACCCGGAUAAUGAUAUGUUCAGAGAUCAAGAACAGCACAAAACGCAUCUAGAUUUUAAUGACUGGAAGUGUGGAUAUUGUAGAAAAAGAUUCUAUGAAGAGAAGUAUCUUGAUCAGCAUUUUGACAAUAGACACUAUGAUUUGCUGAAUGUGAGUCGAAACAAGUGCAUGGCAGAUCUUUGUGGUGCAUUGCACUGUGAUCAUGUGAUGGAUUCAGUAUCACAGAAGAAAAGUAAAUGCAAUCCUGCUGCUACUGCAAGAAACAAACACAUGUGUGAGGCUCUUGCUGAUAGUUGUUUUCCCAUCAACCAGGGUGUAGCGAGCCAUCUUCACGAAUUCUUCUUGCGCCAGUUCUGUGAUGCACACACUUGUAGCGGAAAGCCAAAACCGUUCUCGAGAGGUCGACAGGUUAGGACGAGUUGGUCCUACGUCGUUAUUUCAGUUUUGACCAUACUUAUUGUGCUGUUUUUCUAUGUCUUCGUUUACUUAUAUAAGAGAGGAAUGCGAACGAGACCACAAGUGUUGAAGCGCCUCUCGGAAAGUGGAAGAAAGAAAAAACCUUCGUAGAAUAGAAAGAAACUCUUGCCCUUUCAUUAACAAUAUGCAUAUUUAUUUACGUAACGGGCCGUAACGGGCCAAACCGGACAACAUCUUCUCGAUCACUUUUUAGGUAGAGAGGGCAAAGCUUGUUCGUUUUAAGGAGUUUGUUUUCCCUCAUCAUUUGUAAUUAUAGAGCUCUAAAUACAAACCCAUCAUCUCGGGAGCAAUAAGAUUUUUGUAUCAUAACAUUUC